GCCGGAAGUGGCUGGAGCCCCCGCCCCCUCCCGGGGUCUCUGUGGAGUCGCGGACGCGCCGGCUUUGAGCAUCCCUGGCGGGCCAGGGGGAGGCCUUGGGGCUGCGGCUCCCGCGGCCGCGGCCCCGCCCGCCUUCGACAUGGCCAGCUCCGGAGAGGACACCUCCAACGAGGGCGACGCGCCCCCUGCAGCAGCCACUAUGGCGGUGGGCGCCCACCUUCUCGGCUUCUCGGAUGAGAUCCUCCUGCACAUCCUGAGCCACGUGCCCAGCACAGACCUGGUUCUGAACGUCCGGCGCACCUGCCGGAAGCUUGCAGUUCUGUGCCUGGACAAGAGCCUUACCCACACUGUGCUGCUGCAGAAGGACUAUGAGGCGAGCGAGGACAAGGUGAAGCAGGUGGUGAAGGAGAUCGGCCGCGAGAUCCAGCAGCUCAACAUGGCCGGCUGCUACUGGCUGUCGGGCGCCACCAUCGAGCACGUCGCCCGCUGCCGCGGCCUGGUGAAGGUCAACCUGUCGGGCUGCCACCUGACCUCCGUGCGCCUCUCCAAGAUGCUGUCGGCCCUGCAGCACCUGCGCUCCCUGGCCAUCGACGUGAGCCCCGGCUUCGAUGCCGGCCAGCUGAGCGGCGAGUGCAAGGCCACGCUGAGCCGCGUGCGGGAGCUCAAGCAGACGCUGUACACGCCCUCGUACGGCGUGGUGCCCUGCUGCACCAGCCUCGAGAAGCUGCUGCUCUACUUCGAGAUCCUCGACCGCACGCGGGAGGGCGCCGUCCUGUCCGGCCAGCUCAUGGUGGGCCAGAGCAACGUGCCCCACUACCAGAACCUGCGGGUGUUCUACGCGCGCCUGGCGCCCGGCUACAUCAACCAGGAGGUGGUGCGGCUCUACCUGGCCGUGCUCAGCGACCGCACGCCCGAGAACCUCCACGCCUUCCUCAUCUCCGUGCCCGGCAGCUUCGCCGGGAGCGGGGCCACCAAGAACCUCCUGGACUCCAUGGCCCGCAACGUCGCGCUGGACGCCCUGCAGCUGCCCAGGUCCUGGCUCAACGGCUCGUCCCUCCUCCAGCACAUGAAGUUCAACAACCCCUUCUACUUCAGCUUCAGCCGCUGCGCCCUGUCCGGCGGCCACCUGAUCCAGCGGGUCAUCAACGGCGGGAGGGACCUGCGGAGCCUGGCCAGCCUGAACCUCAGCGGCUGCGUGCACUGCCUGUCCCCGGACUCGCUGCUGCGCAAGGCGGAGGACGAUAUCGACAGCGGCAUCCUGGAGACGCUCGUGGCGUCCUGCCACAACCUGCAGCACCUCAACCUGUCGGCCGCCCACCACCACAGCGCCGACGGCCCGGGCCGCCACCUCUGCCAGCUGCUGGCCCGGCUGCGCCGCCUGCGCUCCCUGUCCCUGCCCGUGUGCUCCGUGGCCGAGGCGGCGCCGCGGGCCGACCGCACCCCGGCCCAGCCCGCCCCGCACGCCGUGCCCCGCGGCUUCGGCAAGAAGGUGCGCAUCGGCGUGCAGUCGUACUCCGGCCCCCUCCCGGGGCGGGCGGCCCCCCAGCCCUCCUCCGUGUUCUGGGCUCUGCUGAAGAACGUGCCCUUUCUGGAACGCCUCGAGCUCAUCGGCUCCAGCUUCUCCUCCGCCAUGCCGCGCAACGAGCCCGCCAUCCGCAACUCCCUCCCGCCCUGCAGCCGGGCGCAGAGCGUCGGGGACUCGGAGGUGGCCGCCGUCGGCCAGCUGGCCUUCCUGAGGCACCUGACGCUGGCGCAGCUGCCCGGCAUCCUGACGGGCUCCGGGCUGGUCAGCAUCGGCCUGCAGUGCCAGCAGCUGCAGUCCCUGUCGCUGGCCAACCUGGGCCUGAUGGGGAAGGUGGUCUACGCGUCCGCCCUCUCGGACAUGCUGAAGCAUUGCAAGCGGCUGAAGGACCUCAGGCUGGAGCAGCCCUACUUCAGCGCCAACGCCCAGUUCUUCCAGGCGCUGAGCCAGUGCUCCGCGCUGCAGCGCCUCUGCCUGGUGUCCCGCAGCGGCACCCUCCAGCCCGAGGCCGUGCUGGCCUUCAUGGCGCGCUGCCUGCAUGUCGUCGUGUGUCACAUGUUCACCGGGGAGUCCCUGGCCACCUGCAAGAGCCUGCAGCAGUCCCUGCUCCGGAGAUUUUCUAUAAUGGUCAUGGAUGAACUCAAUUCUGAGAUGUAAACAAAACAAAACACACACAGGAGAACAAAGCAAACAGAUAUAAUUUUGUUAAAAACGUAGUACGGAGCCCUUAACGAGAACAGAUCGCGUCUCUGUGCGAUAAAACAGAAGGUUGUUCACGGUGUAUGGACCCGAGGGCAGAUCGCCGGAUACUACACGAGCUGUGAUAAAACGAUCAGGGUAGGUUUGUGCAGAGCAAAACCCAAGUACACACCGGCCAUCAGUGGAGGGGUCUUGGUGGGGAGUGGGCCACCCAAUGUGAGGUCGGAUCCAGGGUCCCUGGAGCUGGCCAGAGACAGCAUGGGCAGUUCAGACACACCCGGACUGGACAGGAGCCACCCCCACCCCCACCCCCACCCCGCCCACUGCCGGGUCUGGGUGGUGGGGAACAGUUCACAAAGCCUUGGUGGGCUUUGAGGAACUCCUUCAGAGACAUCCAGCCAGGUUUUCUACUCUUCGUCUCUGUAAUUUGACUACUCCUGGGACCUCCUAGAAGUGGAACCAUACAGUGCCAUGGUCUGAAUGCUUGUAUCCACCCCCAAAUUCAUGUGUUGAAGCCCUGAACCCCACCGUGAUGGUGUAAGGGGGUGGGGCCUUUGGCAGGUGCUUCGCUGCAGAGUGAGACACGGGAUGGGCGGGUAAGACCCCAUGGGAUACUGUCCCUACCGAGAGUCUUCAUUUUUCUGGAAUAAACAUUUCCCCAGGUU